AUGGGGGAAUUUCGCAAUGGGGGAGGUGAGAUUUCAAUCGUAAACAUAUACGCACCUCAUGAUCAAAAUCAGGAAAAACGGCUCUGGGAUGACUUACUUGUUCUUACGGGUUCCUUCCCGGGUCCAUGGAUCUUCCUGGGAGAUUUCAAUUUUGUAAGAGAACCUAGUGAAAGGAAAAACUCAAGAUUCAACAAAACUGAGGCAGAGGAUUUCAAUUAUUUCAUAAAUGCAGCUGACCUUGUAGAAUACGCGAUGUUGGGUUGUGCAUUUACGUAUGUGACUGAUGAUGGAAUAAAGCUUAGCAAGAUCGAUCGUAUGUUGUUAAAAGAGGAGGGUUUAGAAGAAAUUGUGAAAAAAACGUAUGAGGGAGUAACAGGCUCGGAUCCCCCAGACAAACUUCUAGCAGCAAAAUUGAAAACCGUCAAAGCCGCUAUAAAACCAUGGUGUGCUAAAUUAAAAAAUAGGGACCGGAAAAGGUUAAGUGAACUUCAAAAAAAGGUGGAAGAGAUGGAUCUAAAAGCCGAAUCGGAUGUUUUGACCGAACAGUCGUCACUGAAAAUAAUAAAUGAAUUGGAUGAUAGCAGGAUGGAGGAUCUAAAACAAAGGGCAAAGCUCAAAAAGAAUAUUAAAAUGUAUUAUGAAUCGAUCUUUACAGAUCAAGAAUCCAAUAGACCAGAAUUCAUCAAUAACGGCUUCAAAGUACUAUCUUUGGCACAGUCCGCGAUGCUAGUGAGGAGAUUCUCAAAGGAGGAAAUCAAAGAGGCAGUUUGGAAUUGUGGUGGAGACAAAACUCCAGGCCCAGACGACUUUACGUUCAAAUUCAUCAAAGAGUUUUGGUAUCUAUUUGAAAAGGAUUUUGGUUUAGCUCUCGAUUACUUCUAUGUACAUGGUAAGUUGAAUCGAGGUUGUAAUUCGAGCUUCAUAUCUCUUAUUCCUAAAACAAACAAUCCUCAAGUUAUCAGCAACUUUAGGCCAAUUAAUUUGAUUGGUUGUAUCUCAAAAGUAGUUACAAAAAUUUUGGCGAGCAGACUCAAGAAAGUCAUGGAUUUUUUGGUUAGUGACGUGCAAACAACAUAUAUAGAAGGACGAAGCAUUCUUGAAGGCCCAUUAAUUAUUAACGAAAUCAUUUCUAGGGAAAAGAGCAGUAAGAGAAAGAUUAUGCUUUUUAAAGUAGACUUUGAAAAGGCGUUUGAUUCGAUAAGUUGGGUUUUCUUAGACUCGGUUGUAUCUCAGAUGGGAUUUCCGGCACUUUGGAGGAAAUGGGUUAUGGGAUUGUUAAAGACGGCCAGAACUUCGAUUUUAGUAAAUGGUUCACCAACGUUGGAAUUUGAUGUUCAAAGAGGGGUCAGACAAGGUGAUCCGUUAUCGCCACUUUUAUUCAUCUUGGCUAUGGAAGCACUACAUAUAGCUACUGAAAGUGCGGUUAAUGUGGGCAUUUUCAAAGGCGUUAAAACACCUGGAGAGGGUCCAUCUAUUUCACACCUCCUGUAUGCAGACGAUGCACUAUUUGUUGGCGAAUGGUCGGAAGAAAAUUUUCACAAUCUUGCCAGACUUCUUAGAUGUUUUCAUCUGUCCUCAGGGCUAAAGGUAAACUUCUCAAAAAGUAAAGUAUUUGGAGUUGGGGUCGGUAACAAUGAUGUCUCGGAAAUGGCUUCGAUACUUGGGAAUGAAAAAGGUUCGCUACCUUUUUCCUACUUAGGUCUACCGGUAGGCUCCAACAUGGGUCUUGUGAAAAACUGGAAACCUGUCAUUGAUCGUUUUGAAAAAAAACUCUCACUAUGGAAGGCACGGACGCUAUCUUUUGGAGGUAGGAUGACACUUGUGAAAGCAGUUCUAGGUAACCUUCCAACUUAUUAUUUCUCGUUAUUUAGUGCACCAAUGCAUGCGAUUAACUAUCUAGAAAAAAUAAGGCGUAAAUUUCUUUGGGGGGGGUGCAUGGAUAAAAACAAGAUGAGUUGGGUACCGUGGUUUAAAGUGGUGGCUUCGAAGGGACAGGGGGGUUUGGGUAUUGGCAAUUUGGCUUCGAUGAACAAAGCUAUGAUGGUAAAAUGGAUCGUAAAAUUCAGAAAUGAAACAUUACAUCUCUGGACGAAAGUGAUUAUGGCUAUACAUGGGAAAAUACGCAAUUACAAUGUUAUUCCUAUGAAGAAUUCAAUAACAGGGGUAUGGAAAAAUAUUGUACAACUGGGAAAGGGAUCAAAUUUUAAGCUAUCUGAUGUUGAAAAAAGGUUGGAGGUGAAAAUCGGUUGUGGAGAUAAAACGCUUUUUUGGUUAGAUAAGUGGGCAGGCGAUUUCUCAUUACAAGAUCGGUUCCCAAGUCUUUUUGCUCUGCAAACUAAUAAACACAACUUGGUUCAACACAUGUAUAGUAUCAAGAACGGAGUUAUCUCCUGGAAAUGGGGUGGCGACACUUCGGUUAUUCAAUCGGAAGCCGAAGACACAUGGGAACAAUGCAAAUCACUGUUACAAAAUGUAGAAUUUAAUAAGAAAACGGAUAGAUGGCUGUGGAAACAGGAAGAAAACAAAGAAGAAUUCAGCGUGGGAAAUCUGCGAUCAGAAUUGGAUGGGAUUAAUCCGGUUCCGGAAACUCAAGUUCUUAUGUGGCUGGGCUGGAUACCAAAGAAGAUUAAUUGUUUUCUAUGGAGAGCGGUGCAAGAUAGAAUCCUGACGAGAGAAGCAUUGGCGAUUAGGAAUAUACAAAUUCCCUCGGUUUUAUGUGCGCUAUGCAAUCGAUGUAACGAAUCGGUCGACCAUUUACUGAUUUCAUGUCAAUAUGCUCAAUUGGUUUGGACGACGAUUUCGUUAUGGGUCAAAAUUCCUUUUCCAAGAUAUUUGCUUAGCGUGGUUGGUUUGAUGGAACACAUUCAAUCACAUAGUGCGUUACAAGAAAAAAAGAAGGCGGCAUAUAUGAUUAUUGCGGCAACAUGUUGGACACUUUGGCGUAUCAGAAACAAUGUAAUCUUCAACUGCAGGUCAACGAACAUUUCAAGGGCUAUUGGUGACAUUAAAGCAAUUUCAUUUUUAUGGGUAAAAGAAAGAGCUGGUAGAAGGGAUCUAGAAUGGGGAGCAUGGGGAGAUUUUAGUUGUUUCAAGUGA